GGCUAUACUUCGAAAUAGUCAGAGUAGUGAUCAAGUCCACCUCAAGAACUUCUGCAAUGUCGAAACUUGCGCUUUUGUUGGCUUUCUGCUGCAUACUAAUAGCCCAGGUCCUUGCUCAGGAUCCUUCUGGUCGCCAAUUUUGCGAUCGUUUAUUCGCCGACUGCCUUCGUGAGCAGCCAACCGUGGGAAUCAGGGAUGACACGGUGGAUCUAUUUAAUUCAUAUUGCGGACGACACGAUCGAAACUGGAGGAAACUAACCCGUUGUGAACUGGUCAAAGCCUCAUGUAUAUUAACUAUGGUACGUUGCGACAAUGUAUCCUGCAAAAAUGUUGCCGAUAGCCUGCGGUCCUAAGAAACUUUAAUAUUCUACUCUUGUGAGAU